AUGGACGAUGACGACAACCAGGGCAUCCACCGCCACGACGACGCUCUGCACAUGGUCCAACUCGGCUACAACCUCCUCUACCACGGGGCAAAGACCGUGGCCGUGUGCGGCAUCGGCUACAACCUCCUCUCAUGUAGUGCGGCCGAGGUCGAGACCCUGAAGAGCGCCCUUGCCCAAGCCAAGGAGCAGGCACGGGUGAGCAAAGCGGCCGCUGACAAAGCGGCUGCGGAUUUGAAGGCCGAGCAGUUCGCUCACCGCCAAUAUGAGGAGCGGGCGACCGAGGUGGAGCAAGAGCUCAAGGACGCCGCCGGCAAGUGUGAGGCCUUGGAGGAGAAGAAUAAGGCCCAAGCGAGUAAAUUCGGCAGUCAGAAAUAUGCCUUGCUCACUCGACUAUGGAGUUCCCCAGAUGCCUUUGCGGAUCUUCCGAAGAGUGCUGCCGACGCCGCACAAUAUUUACGGGCCCAAGAGGGGAACACGACGGAGAAGCUCUUCUGGUCACAGUACCUGGCGCCGGAGCGGCCAGCGCUGCUGAACAACCAGAUGAUGCAGCUGGCGGAGCUGCAUAGGAUGUCCGGUCCUGUCGUAGGUCGUAGGUGCAGCCCGGAGCUGCUACCUCUGUGCCUCGACGGCGAGUUUGGACCAUAUAAACAUACAACGGCCCACCUUGCAUUUAACCAAAUCGUGGGCCGGUCCGCUCGUCUACGCGUGUUGCAUUUCCACGUUCUCCGCGGAACGGGACCCACCACCACUAAGUUCGGCAUCGGCCACUCCGCCUGCCUGGUGCUGGUGGUGGGCUUGGCCCAACGCGUCGGGCGUCGGCGUCCGUGCCGAUCCCACUCACUGUCGGCCAUCUCCACCGAAAUCCCCCAGCUCCCCUCCUUGCGCCCGCCAUUACUUCACCACCGCCGCGCGGGCGCAUCGGCAGCUAGCGCAUGGCAUGGCCCCUCCCUCCCAUACACCGCCGCCGCCUGCGCCUCCGUCAGAGCCGACCCCGCCCCGGGACUCCUCAACUACGCAGCCGUCCACUCCUGCCUCCUGCGCGCCGACCGCCGCCUCUCCCUCCCCGUCCUCGCGCUCCUCCUCCUCCUCCACUUCCGCUUCCUCGCCGUGGCCGCGGGGGCCCACUUCUCCCCCGCCGUCUCCCGCCUCGCGUCCCGCCUCCGCCUCUCCCCGUCCAUGGCCGCCGUUACGCUCCUCGCGCUCGGAAACGGCGCCCCAGAUGCGUUUGCUUCCGCUGCCGCGCUACGCGGCGAGGGCGGGCUGCCCCGGGCCGGGCUGGCCGCCAUCCUCUCCGCGGGCGCCUUCGUGUCCGCGUUUGUCGUCGGCGCCGUCUCCCUUAUCGCCGCGCCCUUCGCUGUCCCGCCGGCUUCAUUCACGCGCGACGUCUUCUUAUACCUUCUCGCCGCGUCGGCGCUUUUCUACAUCUACCUCAGCGCCGAGAUAUUUCUGUGGCAGGCCGUCGGGCUCGUGCUCUUCUAUGUCUUCUUCGUCGGCUUAGUGUUUUAUAUGGAUUUGGGCGCGGCGGGAAAGGCAGUCAGCUCUGCCGAGCAGGAGACAGCGAAUGGCAUGAGCCGCGGGGCGAUGGACUUGCCAGUCUCAGUGGAGCAUCAGAAGCAACGCAAAGCUAGUUUGUGGACGGUGCUCACCAAGGUAACAAGAGUUUGGGAUUGGCCUGUGACAUUUCUUUUGAAGCUCACGAUACCGUCAACGCUUCCUUCUGAAUGGAACAAAUUUUACGUCUGUGCAAACAUCUGUCUAUGCCCUCUCAUACUACUAUAUUCUUUUAGCUCAUUCAUUCCAUUGGAUAGCCGAAUAGUAUUUCUUCUCCCUCAAAUCCGCUUCCCCCUCUGGUCUGUUGUGCUUCUGGUUAGCUUUUGUUUGGCUCUAUCCCACUUUCGUUUUGAGAAAGAAUCACCAGAAACAGAAAACAUUGCAAGUACCCUCAUAUCAUUUGUAAUGAGCGUCUUCUGGAUCUCAACCAUGGCCGGAGAGCUCCUGAACUGCCUGGCAGCAAUUGGAGUUAUUAUGGAUCUCCCUCCAGCUAUACUUGGCAUGACAGUCUUGGCAUGGGGGAAUUCUGUUGGUGAUCUUGUUGCUGAUGUGGCAUUGGCCAAGAACGGCCAACCUACAAUCGCCAUUGCUGGCUGUUUUGCUGGCCCAAUGUUCAACAUGCUUGUUGGAUUAGGAACUGCCCUAGUGAUGCAGACAGCAGGAGUGUAUCCCAAAGCCUUUGUACUUGAAUUCCAUGUUGGAAUUGUUGUUGCAUUUGUGUUUCUUCUUCUGAGCUUGAUGGCAACCCUGUUGGUGGUAACCUGGGCCAGAUUCCGGGUACCCAGAUUCUGGGGCUACUGCCUAAUGGGGCUCUACAUAUUGUUUACCAUAGUGAGUAUCGCCAUUGGGAGCUCUUCUGGAUGAUAUAUUUUCUAUAUAAAUAGAAGCUGAUAGAUUGUGUA